CGGAUACAGAACACUGAGAGAGAAAAGCGUGUGCUCUAGAGAGAGACAGCACAAAAUGUACGUAUAGAGAGAGAGAGAGAGAGAGAGUGCGAGUAAAGAAUCGUUAAGAACUUGCUGCUUACUGAUGUCAACGAUCUAGAAGAAAAUUACACUCCAAUUUUACCGGUUUCUCGUCCCUGCCAUGGAAGGUAUAUCCCCAGAUCGGGAUUCAUUGGAGUCUGCAGCCAAAAAGUCCAGUAUUUCAUCUGGUGGUAGGGUUCAGGAUAGGAAGGAGUUUCUCCAUAGAUUUGUGGACAGUGAAAUCUUGAAAACUAGUCUUUUGGAUUGGCUUGAGGAUUUAGCUGAAGAUAGUGUGAGGCCUACCUUUGAUGUUCCUUUUGAGGUAGUGGAUCUUCAGAAGUUUGAUUAUGCUCUAGAAGGAAUUCCCUUUCAGCAACUAAUCCGGAUGCCUAAUUCUAUUUAUGCAUCAACAUCCAGCACUGUGGAAGCAACAGCUUAUCUUGCACUUGAGGACUUCCUGCACGCGAGUACGAAUGGCUUGUGGGAAGCUUUCUGGGGGCCUGAAAAUGAUAGAAUGCCUUUUUACGUUUCCUCUUUAUAUGAUGGAAACUUGAGAUUUUACCAAGCUGAACAGGCAAUUUCUAAAGGUAAACUUGAGGGGCUUUGUGCCUCAGCUAUAAUGCUGAAGAACCCCAGACAUCCACAAGGGAAGUGGGAUGAUAUUAUUGAAUUGGCACUUCUGAGACCUGAUAUUGGAAAUCUUGCUUCAGCUGAGGAAGACUCUAAGCCCCCAGUCUCUAUUAUGGGUGAAGCUUUAUUCUUUGCUCUUCGUGUGUUGAUUGCAAGAAGUAUCAGCAGAUCAAAUAUACCUCUCAGUUUGAAUUGUGUUUUUGUACUUCUGGUUGAUUAUCAAUAUGGUGGUGUUGUUAAAGUUGAGGGUGAUCUGAAUAACUUGGAAUUUGAUCUAAAUAAUGUCUAUGAAUCUGCUGCUUCAUGGAUUAAGAAUCAUUCGCGAAUCGCGAUUUCGCCUGUUUGUAGGAUCUGGAACAAGCUUGGAAAUGCUAACUGGGGGGACAUUGGGGCUUUACAAGUACUUUAUGCUACAUUUCAAUCUAUAGCACAAUAUGCUGGAACACCUAGGAACACUAUUGAAGAUUUAGCUGCUGACCACAGUUCCCGUCUUCAAGCAAGAAGGAUUGAGAGGCAACUGGAGGAUACAAGGGUGAAUGGUAAUGGUUUGUUCCGGUUCCAGCAUCACACAGCGACACCUGAAAUUGUAGAAGUACAGGAAGAAUCCAUUAAACUGGAUUCUGAGAGGUCACUGAAGCUGGAGGUAGGAUCAGUAUUGUUGUUAGAGGAUUCAAGCUGGCAAAAAGGGUAUCAGAUAGAUGAAGUUCUGAAUGACGGGGAGAUUCUGUUCUAUGUCGCAUCCCCUGUUGAAGAUCGGGGAAAGACUGUGUUUCUGUAUGUUGGUUCACAUCCUUCUCAGCUGGAGCCAGCUUGGGAAGAUAUGAAAUUAUGGUAUCAAGUUCAGAGGCAAACUAAAGUACUGAGUGUCAUGAAACAAAAAGGAUUGUCCAGUAAGUAUCUUCCUGAACUGAUUGCAUCCGGCCGGGUAGUUCAUCCUGGUAAUUGUCGGAAGCCAAAGAGAGGUGAUAACUGUGACCACCCAUGGUGUGGAACCCCUGUCCUAGUGACCAGCCCAGUUGGCAGGACUGUUGCUGACAUGGUGAGAGCGGGCCAAUUUGGUGCCGAUGAGGCUAUCAGGUGUUGCCACGAUUGUUUGUCUGCUCUCUCUGCCACUGCUUCCGCUGGAAUUCGGCAUGGAGACAUCAGGCCGGAAAAUGUUGUCUGUGUGAAAUCUGCAAUGGGGCAGCCUUACUAUGUUCUUAUUGGCUGGGGACAUGCUAUUUUAGAAGAAAGGGACCGCCCAGCAUUAAAUCUUCAUUUCUCUUCUACUUCUGCGCUCCAGGAGGGGAAGUUAUGCUCUGCUUCUGAUGCAGAAAGCCUAGUAUAUAUGCUCUAUUUUUGUUCUGGUGGGGACUUGCCUGUUUUGGAUUCAGUUGAAGGAGCACUACAAUGGCGAGAAACAUCCUGGUCAAGGAGGCUAAUACAGCAGAAGCUUGGUGACAUCUCCGCCGUGCUGAAAGCCUUUGCGGAUUAUGUUGACAGCCUGUGUGGAACACCAUAUCCCGUUGACUACAAAAUCUGGCUAAGAAGGUUGAAGAGACAAAUUAGCGAAGAAGAUGGUGGGAAAGAAGUUGACACGUCUAGUUGAAAUUACACUCUUACAUUACAGCUGCCUCACGUUUCGGCUGUUUCAGUUUUUACCCUUAUCUCGGAGCCACCUUUCAGGAGUGUAUGUUGACCUUGGAAGAUGGGAUUUUCAAUCACAUAAUAACAAUUGAGGUCCUCCUGGGACAAGCAUACAAUGAAGAUUGCCACUGGUCUUCAUAUGUUCGGGCAUUGCUGACGCCUUCCCAACUUGAACCAAGAGUUUUGUUCGAUUCUACUGGCAACUGAAUCAUAAUUUUCAGCCUCUUGUUUUGGUGAUUGGGCUGUUCCUGCUAUUCCUUUUGUGCACCACAUAACGAAGAUAACAGGUAUUUGUGCACCUUGUUAGCAAAAGAGGGUUGCGAUUUAUUGCUUUUGCACAUUUCAAGGGUUGUUAUAGAUAUGUUGUAUCUGUUGUCAUUAAUCCUUGUAAAGAUAGGAACUGUGCAUAUUGUUUGAUGUGUGUGAGAAAUGAGCAUACUGGAGUAUUGCAGUGUAUUAGCUGGGGGAAUGGUGUUUCUAUUUCCCCCUAUUA